AUGUCUGUACACCUUCCUAUCUUCGACAUCUCACAGCCCCUUAGCUCAUCCUCUCUCUCCUCCCUCUCUCUAGCCUGCAGAGAAUGGGGAUUUUUCCACAUCACCAACCAUGGAAUUCCCAAAGAGUUAAUGAAGAAACUGCAUUCUUCAUCUACCCAGAUUUUCAACCUCCCUUCAGAGGUGAAGCACAAAGCAGGCCCUUCAUCAGCUGUGAAAACAUACACUCCCCAUUUCAUCGCCUCCCCCUUCUUCGAGAGCCUACGCGUAUCCGGACCCGACUUCUUCGCUUCUGCACACACUUCUUGCCAAGCCUUCCUACGCCAUCCAACCCAUGAAUUCAGUGAGAUAGUUAAAGAGUAUGGAAGUAGGAUGAGCAAGUUGUCGAAAAGAGUGAUUGAAAUGGUGAUGGAAUGCAUGGGAGCAAAUUAUGGGAUGAAGUUUUUACCUGAGUUCAAGAAGUGCCAUGGGUAUUUGAGAAUGAACAACUAUUCUUCUCCUUGCUGCAUUGAUGAAGAAGAAGAAGAAGAAGAAGUUGAAGGGCUAGGCAUGCACACGGACAUGAGCUGCAUAACAGUAGUGUAUCAAGAUGACACGGGUGGGCUCCAAGUGAGGUCGAGGGAAGGGCGGUGGAUGGACAUUGCCCCACGCCAGGAUACGCUGGUCGUCAACAUUGGUGACUUGAUGCAGGCGUGGAGCAAUGGCGAGUUGCUGUCGUCGCAGCACAGAGUGGUCCUCAGGAGAAACGUCAACCGAUUCUCUGUUGCUUUCUUCUGGUGCUUCGAAGACCAGAAAUUGAUAUAUGCUCCUCACCAAAUUGUGGGAGGGAAGUCCAGGCUUUAUAAACCCUUUGUCUGUGCAGAUUAUGUCAAGUUCAGAGAGAAUAAUGAGAGAGGCAAGUUUGAGAAAGUUGGUUUCACUGUCACGCAUUUCGCAGGAAUUGAACUCUGAUGUUUCUUUU